CUAAUUUCUUUUAAGAUAUUUGAUUUUGGUGUACAAAUAUUUUAAUAAUUAAAAUAUGUUAACGUAAAAAUAUAGUAUUAAUACUAUAUUUUGUACAGAAAACAAAAUAACAAUGGAUAAUAGUUGGGAAUUAUUCUUUCAAAAUUAUGUUAAUACAGUAAAAAGUGAACAACUGCCAGUAAAGUUGCCAAGAUUCGACUUAGAAUUAAGUGAAUUAGCUGGAGCAGCUGCUGACUGGUGUAAUCAGUACCUAAAAGAUCGACAGUGUCCUAUGGAUUUAAUUGUACGUUUGACACAAAAAGUUAUAAAUGAAUUAAGAGUUCCAUGGACAGUACAACCUGAAGAAUUUGGGUACAGAUCCGAAAAAAAAGAUUACCAAUCACUAUGGUUGAUGCAACAAGUAAUUAAAAAACUAAAUGAUGUAUGCUUGAAUGAUGGUUCUAUAAUCAUAGAAAAACAUCCUAGAUUAAAUUCUUCAAUUUGGUGGUCUUCGUUUGUUUUAAAAAAUACUCGACGUACAAUGGAAGAUUACAUAUCAGUUGUUCCAUAUCUACAUACGUUAUUUGAUCAAGAAAACUCCAUAGGUGAAGCAUCAUUUUAUGCUGUGUAUGAUGGACAUAAUGGUCAUGAUGCAGCUGUUUAUAGCUCAAUAUAUUUGUAUCAGUUUCUUGUACAAUCAAAAUAUUAUCCCUCAGAUCCAGAACAUGCAUUUUUUGAUGCAUUCAAUACCACAGACAAAAUGUUUUCUUGUAAAACCGACAAAUAUAAUUUAGUAAGCGGUACAACGGCAGUAUGUGUCUUACACAGACUUCAAGAAAAGAAAAUAUACAUAGCUUGGGUGGGAGAUUCAUUAGCCACCCUUUGGAAAAACAGUACACCGUUAUCUCUAGUAAAUAAACAUGUUCCACAAAGACACGAUGAAGCACAAAGAAUAGCUACAGAGGGAGGAAUAGUUAUAGAUUGUCAGGGUAUUUAUAGAGUUGAUGGUCAACUAUCUGUUUCAAGAGCUAUUGGUGAUGUCAGGUACAAGCCUUAUAUUUCUGCUGUACCAGAGAUGAGGUGUUUGGUACUGGAUGGUAAUGAAGAAUUUUUGGUAUUAGGAAGUGACGGAUUAUGGGAUCAUGUGGAUAUUGAUGAUAUUGCUGAUACUUUGUAUGAAGAAUUAAUGGAGACUGAUGGCGAUCCGACUGGAGUUUGUAAUAAGUUAGCAUUUAAAGCUAAAGCUCAAGGAUCCAAAGAUAACAUAUCAGUGAUCACUGUAUUUCUACAGGAUCCUAAACAAUUAGUGGCCCGAAGAAAGGCCGAUAUAAUGGAAACUGCGAUGGAGCAAAGGAACUCUCUGAGUUCCUCAUAUGGACAAGAUACAAGUGGUUUCGGUCCAGAAACCGAUGUGGACACUCCUGAUGAACCAAUUGGUCAUAGCAAACCUAAAGUAGUGGUAGCAGACGAGGGAGAAGUUAACGAAAGCGGUGAAGAUUCAGAGGACGGCGGUGGAUGGAAUUACUACACUAACGGCAACGGCCAACGAUACUCAGAAAACGACCAUAACAACGAGGCCGAUGAAAUGGAUCGUAAACUUAACCCUGACGCUCCAGAGUUCGUGCCAGUUGCUUCUCCUCCGACCCACUUCGACAACCAUUUGCAACGUUUCUUGGACACAGCCAACGAUGACUUUAUAUCAUCUUCGCCGCAAAAGUUCCGAGAGACCAUUGAAAACGUUGAUUUGCCGGACGAAAACGACUUUGCUUGUGAUGUAAAAGCCGCUGACUUAUCUAAACUUGAUAAUGCCUAUGAGACUAAAGGAGAAUUUGAUUUAAUAAACGGUGUGAAACCUCUUGACAAUGAAUUGAACGGCGGUCAUCAUGAACACGAGAAUAUUAAGCGAGAUAUUGCUACUGAAUUAUUUGGAAGUGAUAUGAUCGGAAACAACGAGAAUAAUUUCGUUACCACUAAUGGUGACGACUUUGAUGAUUUCCGUAGGAUUCCAGACGAUCAACAAAAUGAUGGCCCUUUAGAUUUGAAUAGGGCAAGAAAUUUAUUUGAUGGAGUUGUAGACAACGUUGAUCCAUAUACGUCUCUAAUAGAAACAGUUUCCAAACAAGAAGAUUUCAAUCCAUUCAUCGCUGAAAAAGUAGAAGAGGAACUUAACGCAUCGUUUACCGAGAAUAGUUUAAAUUCUGUAGAAUUUAAAGUUAAUGGUAGUGGCUGUGAUGAUGCUCUUGAAUGCAAAAAUGAAUCUGUUGAUACAUUUAAUAAAAGUGAAGUCAACGGAACUGAUGACUUAGUUGCCCUCCAACCUGACGAAGAGAACGUGAAUUCUACAAACAUAUUUGACAGUCAAAUUCCUGACGACUCUAUUAGUACAGCGAAUGCAACUUUAGGUUCUAUUGUCCCACAGUUAGAUGAAAGUGAUGUGACCACUACAAAUGUUUAUGAUGGCGAUUCUACAAUAAAUGUUGGUGGAUACGAGGACCGAAAACUUGACGACAGUAUUAGCACUACAGAUGCUAUGAUGGGUUCUGAACCUAAUACUCCUAUGCGUAUGGUGAAUCAAUCGACAUUUGAGUCGGACAAUUCUGGCGAUGAAGGUGUUGAUCAAGCUGUUGUAGAUAGCUGGAAGGACUCAACUGUGUAUGAAAAUAAAGAAAAUGAUGAUCCGUAUUGUAUGGAUCAAACGGCUGUGGAGGACCCUGAAGGUAUUAUUCCCCAAGUAACAGCUAAAAAAGUGCCCAUAGAGGAAGAACUCCAUCAGAUCGUUGAAGACAAAAUUGAACUAGUACAAACAGGUGAAAAACUGCCUGUCGAAGAACUGACGUGUCUUAAGACAACGGCGGCUAAGAUAGAAAAUUCUUUUUACGAACAACAGGACUUACCCGAAUCAGAUUUUACUUCUAGUACUCACGAAGCGCUUAUGAAUGCCGCCGUGCAUAAUUUGACUAAGGAUAUACCUGAAGUAGAUUCAUCAAUUCAACAUUCGUAUACCCAAGAACAAGAAUGUGAAGAUAGUGAUGUAGACGAGGUUAAAUGUCACGCUGAAAGUUUAAACAAAUUCCAAUAUGAAAAUGAACCUGUCCAUGAUAAAUCUGAUGGAUUUAAAUUUGAAAAAAAUAACAGUGUGUAUAACGAAUUUGAAGAUAAUCAAGAUCACAAUAAUUUUGAGUCUACUCCAAUUUACUCUGAAAACUUUAAAGAUCAAUAUCAUCAUAAUGACUUUGAAUCAAAUCAAAAUCAUUCUGAUGACAUUAAUAACAUAAAUCAUGAUGCUUCCGAACCUGCUCAAAAUCAUUAUGACAAUUUAAUAGAGCAGAAACAUAAUGAUAAUUUUGAAAAGAAUGAAGUGGAUCAGAGUCAUUUGAAUCAUAGACUAGUUGAUAACUUUGAAGCUGAACAAUUUGUUCAGUCGAAGGAAGUUUUACAGGAACAUGAUAAUCGAGAAGUGGACAGUGAUGAGGAAAUGAACUCAUCCAUGAUUAUUCAUUCAGACGUUGAAAGUAAUCCACCACAACCAUACUGUUCAGAGGUUAACACCAUGGCAGUAGAUCCUGAUAUGAUGUCUCAAAGUAUGACAUUCGAAGAAAAUUUCCAAAAUAGAAGUAUGAGUGAUUCAUUAUAUGUGAUGGAAACUAGUUCAGAUUAUUUUGGUGAUUUGCAAAAGUCUACUACACACCAUGAAGAAUCUAGAAAGCCUGAAGAACAAGUUGAAAGCUCCGUGACAAAAGAACCAGAGUUGGUAGUUCCUGAAUCAAAUCCAGAGGUAAUAAAUGAAUCAUUUAAAUCGGAAGAAAUCCAACCAGAAUUGUUCCAAGCAUCUAAAGACACUGUCCCAGAACCAAAAGCUGAUGAACAAAAAGAAAGUAGUAAUGUUUCUGGUGUUGCAAUAACUGCUGCUGCUGCUGGUGCUGUAGUGGCUGCUGUAGCUACUGGUGCUGUGACAAUAGCUACAAAGAAAUCUCCCUCGUCAACAGCUGUGAAAAAACCAGAAUCUGCUGCUAAAACUAAAACGGCCACUACAAAAGUACCUCCUAAACUAUUAGCUUCAAAAUCUAGUGCUGCAGCACCUAUAAAGAAAACUACUGCAGCUACUAAACCUAAGACAGCAACUUCUACAUCAUUUUCAUCUAGGCCAAUAUCUGCUCCUUCUAGACCAACUACAACAUCUAGAAUUAGUACUACACUUAAAUCUACUACUGCUACUACUACAAAAACUGCAACUAAACCUGCUGUAUCGAAAACUUCAGUUACUACUCCUAGACCUACCUCAGCUGCACCUAAAACACCUACAACUCCUAGAACAUCUACUACUCUUAAAACUUCUAUAACACCUAAAACGCCAACAAGUCCAAGAACUGCAACAACUGCAACUUUAAAAACAACACCAACAUUGAAAUCAACUACAACAUUUAGGACUUCCUUAGCUAGUAAACAAACAUUAACAAAUGGUACAGCUAAACCACCAAGUCGUCCAAUUUCUGCAGCUUUAAAGAAACCACUUACUAAUGGAACAACUAAACUGACCAAUGGAGAUACGUCCAAACCAGCACUUAGUAAAGGCCCGGUUAAUUUAGCAACUAGAACUAGUUUAGCACCUCCCAAAUUGCCACCAAAAGCUAAAACAACACCAAAAACUACUGUUGCACCGCCCUCAAUGCCAGGGCCGAUCAGGAGACCCACAGCUUCUGCCCCAAAAAAGACUGAGACGGCCUCUUCCUAAAUUUAAAAUUUCAUUAAAAUUUUAUUUAAAAAUUACAUAACUUAUUGGUUAUUUUUAAAAAUUUGAUUUAUUUAUUAAUUAUAUUUUUUUACCAUGUUUUAUUUUUGUGAUUUCUUUCUCAUGUGUUGCUCUGCUAAAUUUGUAUUUUUCUAUUUUUUUUUUAACAGUUCCAUAAAUAGUACUUUGCAAUUAGCGAAUAUGUUUGAUAUAUAUUAAAAUAUAUGUUUAUGGUUUUUAUGUUUAAGUGACAUUUGUAAUUGUUUAUAAUGAAAGAAACUUACAAUAAAUUAAAAGUGUAAGUUUUAAUUGUAUUAUUAUAGUUAUUAUUAUUAUAUUAUUUAAUUCAAAUGCUAAGAAAUAAUUUGUUUUUAGGCUAUUAUUACUUUUAUUAUUAUUUACAUAAUAUUAUGUAGGUUACAAAAUAGACACCAUUAUUAAAUUAAAUAAGUAAAAUCGUAAAUUGAGCUUUUAAUGUAAAUUUUUUUUUCCAGGUGCUAUACAUUUAUCAAAUGAUAUUUAAUUUCCAACAUAUUUAAUAUUAUAAAAUGUAUUCUAGGUUAAAAUAAUUGUUUAUGAUGUUAAAAACCUUAUUUUUCUAUUACAUGUAUAAAUUAUUUUUGCAUUAUUACAUUAUUAAUUUUGGCCUAGAUCUUAAUACGUAAUAAUAAUUAUUAUGCCUUUUUGCUUA